AGUGGCAUAUAUAAAGUCUCAAGUACGCAUCACCUCGGCCCAGUUUCCUGGGUCAGUAUGGCCUGAUCCGUUGAGAACACGCUGAUGUUCGUGCAGAGUUUUGGAUGCAGAUAUCAAGCCACCUCCGCCGCCAGAACUGGACUGACUUUCCCUUCUCCCUGUCUGCAGCCACAGGGGAGACGAUGGUACUAGCCUUACAAGUUACCCUCGGUCCAGCCUUUGCCGGCGCCCGCCCAUUUCCAGCUGCAGCUGAUCAGGUGCAGGAACGCUGCCAGCGCCUGCCCAGACCUCUGGCGUGGGAUUCAGGGACGGAGGAAUAGAGGAAUCCAUUAUCAACGAUCAGAAAUAUAUCCUCAGU